AUGGUGACACCUUCACUGAAGCUUCAAGAUCUAAUCGAGGAGAUUCGUGGGGCCAAGACCCAGGCCCAGGAGAGGGAGGUGAUCCAAAAGGAGUGUGCCCACAUCCGAGCCUCCUUCCGCCAUGGGGAUCCUCUGUACAGGCACCGCCAGCUGGCCAAACUGCUCUACGUCCACAUGUUGGGCUACCCUGCCCACUUUGGACAGAUGGAGUGCCUGAAACUGAUCGGCUCCCCCAGAUUCACAGACAAGAGGGUGGGCUACCUGGGUGCCAUGCUUCUACUGGAUGAGAGGCAGGAUGCCCACCUGCUCAUUACCAACAGCAUCAAGAAUGACCUGAACCAAGGGAUUCAGGCAGUUCAAGGCCUGGCCCUGUGCACUCUGAGCGCCAUGGGCUCUGCUGAGAUGUGCCGGGACCUGGCCACUGAGGUGGAGAAACUGCUUUUGCAGCCCAGCCCCUAUGUACGCAAGAAGGCUGUUCUGACUGCAGUGCACAUGAUCCGGAAGGUCCCUGAGCUCUCCAACAUCUUCCUCCCACCCUGUGUCCACCUGCUUCAUGAACGCCACCAUGGCAUCCUGCUGGGCACCAUCACAUUGAUCACAGAGCUCUGUGAACGAAGUCCUGCAGCCCUCAAGCACUUUCGAAAGGCUGUAUCCUCCCUCCAGGUGGUACCCCAACUGGUGCAGAUCCUCCAGACUCUGUUGAUGACAGGAUACUCCCCAGAGCAUAGCAUAUCUGGAGUCAGCGACCCCUUCCUGCAGGUCCAGAUCCUUCGUCUGCUUCGAAUUCUGGGCCGGAACCAUGAGAGCAGUGAAAUCAUGAAUGACUUGCUGGCCCAGGUGGCCACUAACACAGACACCAGCCGAAACGCAGGCAAUGCGGUCCUGUUUGAGACAGUCCACACCAUCAUGGACAUCCGCUCUGCCGCUGGCCUGCGGGUUCUAGCUGUCAACAUUCUUGGCCGCUUCCUGCUCAACAGUGACAAGAACAUUAGGUAUGUAGCCCUGACAUCAUUGCUGCGGCUGGUGCAGUCUGACCACAGUGCUGUCCAGCGGCACCGGCCCACCGUGGUAGAAUGUCUGCGGGAACCUGAUGUCUCCCUCAGCCGGCGAGCCCUGGAACUCAGCUUGGCUCUGGUGAAUAGCUCCAAUGUGCGAGCCAUGACACAUGAGCUGCAGGGCUUUCUGGAGUCCUGCCCUGCUGAUCUGCGGGCUGACUGUGCCUCAGGCAUCCUGUUGGCAGCAGAGAGGUUUGCCCCAACCAGGCGGUGGCACAUAGACACUAUCCUGCGCGUGCUGACAACGGCGGGCACCCACGUGCGGGACGACGCGGUGGCCAACCUGACCCAGCUGAUCGGUGGUGCCCAGGAGCUACAUGCCUACUCCGUGCGCCGCCUCUACAGUGCCCUGGCAGAGGACAUCUCCCAGCAACCACUGGUGCAAGUGGCAGCCUGGUGCAUUGGGGAGUUCGGGGACCUCCUACUGGAGGGUAGCUGUGAGGAAAUGGAGCCUCUUCAGGUGGAGGAAGAAGAGGUGCUAGCCCUGCUGGAGAGGGUACUGCAGUCCCACAUGUCCCUGCCAGCCACCCGAGGAUAUGCCCUCACAGCCCUCAUGAAGCUCAGCACCCGGCUCCGUGGGGACAGCAACCGCAUCCGCCAGGUGGUGUCCAUCUAUGGGAGCUGCCUGGACCUGGAGCUGCAGCAGCGGGCCGUAGAGUAUAACACCAUCUUCCGGAAGUACGACCACAUGAGGGCUGCUGUGCUGGAAAAAAUGCCUCUUGCGGAGCGAGGUGACCCUCGGGUUGAUGAGGAAGCAAAGGAAAGCGAAGAAGUCCAACCUUCAGAAGCGACCCCUGUUCCCACAGAGCCCCAGGCUUCCCAGCUCUUGGAUCUGUUAGACCUUCUGGAUGGCCCAUGUGGGGCUGCCCAGCAUCCCCUCGCUCCGGAUCCCUCCCCAGGCAGCGCUUUAGGACACCUCCUGGACCUUCCCUGGGCUCCUCCACCCCCUGCUCCCAUCCCAAAUCUCAAAGUGUUUGAGCGUGAAGGACUACAGCUGAAUCUGUCUUUUGUUCGACCCCCUGAAACCCCUGCUGUGCUCUUAAUCACUGUCACUGCUACCAACACCUCAAGGGGUGAUGUCACCCACUUCAUCUGCCAGGCUGCUGUGCCCAAGAGUUUCCAGCUGCAGCUACAGGCCCCCAGUGGGGACACAGUUCCAGCUCAGGGUGGCCUUCCGAUGACCCAGCUCCUCCAAAUCCACAAUCCUAACAAGGCCACUUUACGGCUAAAGCUGCGCCUCACCUACAACCACUUUGGCCAGUCAGUGCAGGAGAUCUUUGAGGUGAACAACUUGCCUACAGAGACAUGGCAGUAACACAGCCUCCACUCACAGCCUGAAAUUCUCCUGUGGCUCCAACACCACAGGGGGUCCCAGCACCUUGGAGCCUACCUAUACCAGAGGACCACCAGCGCUCUGUUCCUGUGCUUGCCACUGCAGAAACUGCGGGGGGGCCUGCCCCCUCCCCAUUGCCACAAAUGAGAAAAGCCCAAUAAAGCCUGAGGGGGAAAAGCCUUA